ACACUGAUCCGCAGUGCGGAGAAAAAACUAAAAAACUGUGAAAAAACGGAAAACUGAUUCCGUCGCGAAAUGGGCUGUGUAGUGUUGCGAGUGAAUUCAAUGAAACGCCCACGAAAUUUAUAAAGUUUGUUUUGAGUUGGUGUCAUCAGACCAGAUCCCUCGAGUGCGCUGGACAGGGUCGAUCUAUGAGAUGCAUCAAGCAAAACACACGGGACUUUUGGAAGAUAAGCACAGUAAUUGCUGCAAAAGUACGGCCAGUGUUUAUGUAAACAAUCGUUGCGAAAUCGUAAGUAACUACUUUGGAGUUUCCUAGUUAAGGUCCAGUCGGGUUAUGCAAGUAUUCAAGGCGUCGAAGAAUUCAUUGUAAGGUUGAAGGAAGCCCAAGAAACGCAUUUGUCAACCCGGCAAACAACGUAAGCUUCUGGCCGCAUCCAAGGUUAUGCUUUAUGCAGUCGAUCGAUCAAGUGGAGCACUGGACCAGUGCACGGUAGCGGAUUCUACGUUCAAACAAGAGAAUUGAGAGAGCACAGGACUAGGCUAAGAAAAGACUGCCCGGCAACACAUUACUCUCGUCUACAGCUCCGAAAGGCAACGGCACGGGAGCAAAUCAAACAAGUUAUCAGUUGCAGUCCAACCACGAUCGCGGAACAAGCGCGGAGCGAUCGCAUUUCGUAGAGUUCAACCUUCCGGGUGGCAGAACAAGUUGAAUCAGAGGAAUGAUUCGAGGCGGUUGAAUUGACGAGUGCAUUGCGCUGUCUGCUUGGGGUUUAUGCAGUGAAACAACAUCUAUAUGAUAAAUUUUGCCUGAUGCAAUUUAUAUAUAGAAAAAGGAAUGGUGAUCCUCCCUCUACAAUGUCUUUUGAAAAUAGUGAGUGAUUAAUGACAGCAGAGUGUACGUACUACUUCCGUAAAAAUAGUUUGUUUGAAGUCAUAUGCCCUUUAAACGAAUUUAUGUUGUGCAACGGGUAAACAUAGCUACGAUAUUUUAUCCUUUCAGUGUUAAGUGCAUUCUAAGUCGAGACUUUUCGUGAAACAUACAUAAAAUGUAAGAGCAUUAUAGGUUCGAGUAAUAUAGAAUGCAAGAUCCGGCAAUUGCGAACCGGUUGGCGACUCUUUGCACCAUCCCUCAAAGUUCCUGGAAGUCUAUCGGUUGCGCUACUCCAUUACUGUACCGAUGAUGUUUUGAACUAGUGGUCUGCUAUGUGUUUUAAAUUUGAAGUAGUUUGCGUUACACAAGGUGUGAUCGAAUGAUAAGCAAAUUGUCUUGUGCAUUUGUUGUGUAGAAAAUUUGCGAUCGUGUUCUGUGUUCACAUCAAGUGCCCGAAUAUUCGACCAAAAGCUGCUGUAUGAUAGCACGCCUGUAGAUCAGAUUUCACAUCGCUUGUAUUGCACGAAAAUUCUGUGAGAGUACAAAGAAUGAUGUCUGCUCUAAGCUAUCAGGUUAACAUGAACAACUUCCUAUCGCUCUUGGUUGGCGCCUCGCUGGUGGCAGCUAACUCGUCGCCGAACCAUGAUAUAUCGGCCCCGUCGCAGCCAACCGAGUUCAGUAACGGCGUCUCUUCAUUUGCUCUUCCGGCUGAAGACCGUAUGGCCUUCGAGACCUCCACGUUUGCACACCUCAACUACAGCUACGUGGACGCAGAAGGACACUUGGUGGAGCUCGGGGGAAACGAAAGUGCUAAGUAUGGCGAAGGUCGAGUUCUGAACAGAACCGGCAUCCUGGUGCAUGUUAGCAACAGUGUAAAUCGGUCGGAUCACACUGGUUGUUCAAAGCAUUGGAAUGGGACUCGCGGACAACCCCUGCCGGAGCGUCACAUUUCUUGGAUUGCACUCAUACGGCGUGGUAGCUGCAACUUUGAGGAUAAAGUAAAACAUGCAUUUGAUCACGGUGCCGCUGGAGUUAUUAUCUAUAACGAUAAGGAUGAUCCUAAGCUGGAUAAAAUGAAGAUUAACGAUAAAGAACGAAACAUUACCGCGGUAUUUACAUCAAAAGCAAUGGGUCAUGAAUUGAUCGACAUUGUUGAAUUACGUGGCCAAGAAGUUGUUAUGCAUAUUAUUGAAGGUUCCCGUCAGUUUCGUAGCAUUGGCAACAUAAAUAAAGCUUCCGUUUUAUUCGUCUCUAUUUCGUUCAUUGUACUGAUGAUCAUUUCUCUUGUCUGGUUGGUGUUUUAUUACGUUCAACGUUUUCGAUACCUGCAAACCAAAGAUAAGCAAUCAAAACGAUUGUGCAGUGUUGCGAAGCGUAUAAUUGCCAAAAUUCCAACAAAAAGUAUUAAAUCGGACGAUAAGGAAAUCGACAACGAUUGCUGCGCCAUUUGUAUCGAACCAUAUAAAGUAACUGAUGUGAUACGUGUACUUCCAUGCAAGCAUGAGUUUCAUAAGGCAUGCAUUGACCCUUGGCUACUGGAGCACCGCACAUGCCCGAUGUGCAAAAUGGACAUCCUCAAACACUAUGGCUUUGUGUUUACGGGAAGUCAAGAGAGCAUUCUUCAAUUAGAUAUGGAUAUAGAAGAAGGUGAUCUUAUUGAUGACCGAAGCAGUACAGAUGGUGGAUAUCAGCGGCGAAACAGCGUCAGUCCGUUGCCGCAAAUACGAGCGUCCAGUGAGAAUCAGAUGUCGCGAAGCACUUCUGAGUCAGAUUCGGACCAAGAUCACCUUGAUAGUCCGCAAUCAUCGGAACACAAUACUGUUCGUCGGAAUAAUGGUCAAAGCCAAUGUCGUCUAGAAGCUCAGGAUGGAACCGAUAUUUGUGUGGGAUGUCUCGCAGCAGCAUUGAAUAAAAAUCAGCGUAAUCUGGAGUAUAAUAACGCUCUGGACGAUGAAGAAAGUGAUGUCUGUGAAAAUAGCCCACAUGGAUCGACAAGCCUUCCAGCGACUCUUAAAAAGUACAAAGGAAAUCAUUCCACAGGAUCGUGUCGCGGGAUGAACCCUGCAGACAAUCCUCGGGACGAAAACCGGAGUAAUGGAGCUCAUCAAAAUAAGCAGCACUGUAAAGAUAUCCCCGAGGCACAAUCAAGGCUUCCAUUCAAAUUCUACAAAACCGAUCGCGGGCAGAUGCGUAAAGUACGGACGCCACUCCAGAAUCUACUUCCUCAGUCAAUUUCGGCUCCUGUUGACAAUGAAAGCUCCUUGCACGUUUGCAUUCACGAAGAUCCUGCCCAGUUAACAGAGCCGCCAUCGUCAAUGGUUAAACAGGCAAAGAAUGAAACGGAAGAACCUUCUCAGAUACAAAGAAAUCAAUAUCAGACUAACGCUAAGCGGCGUUGCUCGCUGUCACGUAAUUCGUCGUGUUCGUCUGCGGAACACAGGAGUGUAGUGACGUGCGAAGAUUUAAAGCUUGCCAUUGACUACUCCAACGACGAAGACAUUUCUGAUGAAACUGAACCAAACAGUGAUAAUGAUUUGAUCGUUCGCCGAUCGACACGUGGUGAGGAAAAGGAAAUCCGGAAAAAGUGAUCAAAUCGGUGGCAUCGCCUAAGAGCGUCGAACGUUGCGUGGACUGACAGAUAGUGAACCGUCUUAUACGUCCAUCAGAAACGGUUAUUGAUGACGCUAAAAGCGGUAUGUGAUAGAGUGAGAACUUACAAGCUUAACAAAGUGUAGAGCAAUUGCAUUUUUUAAUUAAAAUAGCCUUCUUCAGAUAGCCGAAUGCUGUCUGUGGCUGUUGGGCCAAGGCAUCCACAUUUUGGAAAUGUUAGAAAACUGCGUACGGAUUAAAUCACCAGCAGCGUAGUAAACAGAUCAAGGCACCCCUAACUAACUAAUACAAGUAACUAAACUAAAGGACUCCAACGAUAGCCAUAUGAGUCCUUCUUUUAGCAUCGUUAGACCUCGAUUUUGCCCUAGUAUCGUUAAAUAAAAACAAGCUGAAACUGAUCCGGUAACAAUGUUUCAUAAAUAGGAAUAUUGACAAGCAAAUUCAAAAGUUCUAUUAGAAAAAAAUUCUAGAAAAAAAAACAUUCUAGGACUGUUUUCUAGUACAUGCUAUGAAUGAUAGAUACAUCCUUUCCUUAGCUAGGUUAGGAACAGUAAGUCUUAAUCUGAUAAAAAACCUACCGAUAUUAGAAUAAUUAUUUAAUUGCUUUUCAUUUGAGAAGGACAUACACUGACAGCUGUUCAAGAAUCUGUUUGGGUUUUAACAAGUUUUGUUUCUGUUCGUGAACAUUACAGUCAAUUUUAGGUUUUUAACGUUAGAAAUUUGAAGCCCAAAGGAUAUUUGCGUUUCAAUUUAUAAAUUCGUUCCAAUUGUAAGAAUGCAUCUUUGAAAAAAUGUUCCAUUUAAUUUCCCUUCAUUUUUUAGUGGGUUCAGUGAGUCUAGAGAGUUAAGCUGCUCUUUUAAGCAAUAAUACGAAUAAAAUACGUGCUACUGAAAAUAUU